AAUGGCGCAGAAAGGAUUUCAGCUUGACGAAGACAAAUAUUCCUGUUCAAUCUGUUUGGAUCUGCUGAAGGAUCCAGUGACUAUUCCCUGUGGACACAGCUACUGUAUGAUCUGUAUCAAAACCCACUGGGAUGAAGAGGAGCGCAAGAAAAUGUACAGCUGCCCUCAGUGCAGAGAGAGCUUUAAAAAGAGACCUGUCUUGAAGAAAAGCACAAUCUUAGCAGCUUUAGUGGAGGAUCUAAAGAAGACAGGACUCCAAACUGAUCUGGCUGAUCAUCACUUCGCUGGACCAGGAGAUGUGCCUUGUGAUGUUUGCACCGGGAUCAAGCUGAAAGCUGUUAAGUUUUGUUUAUCUUGUCCAGCUUCCUACUGUGAGAAUCAUCUGCAACCUCACUACGAUGCUCCACCAUUACAGAAGCAUAAGUUAGUGGACCCCUCUAUGAAGCUUGAGGACAGCAUCUGCUCUCAUGAUCAGGACUGUAUGUGUUGUCUCUGCAUAUCCGAUGAACAUAAAGGCCAUAAAAACAAUCCAUCUGUGGCAGAAAUUACUGUUAAGCAGAAGAAACUCCAGGUGAGUCUACAGCAAAUCCAGCAGAGAAUCCACGAGAGGGAGAAAGAUAUGAAGCUGCUUCAUCAGGAGGUGGAAGCCAUUAACUUUUCUGCUGAUAAAGCAGUGGAGGACAGUGAGAAGAUCUUCACUGAGUUGAUCAAUCUCACCUGGAAAAGAAGCUGUGACGUGCAGCAGCAGAUCAGAUUCCAACAGCAAACGGAAGUGAGGCGGGUCAAAGAGCUUGAGGAGAAGCUGGAGCAGGAGAUUGCCGAGCUAAAGAGGAAAGAUGCUGAGCUCAAGCAGCUUUCAAGCACAGAUGACAACUGGUUUCUCCACAAUUACCCAUCACCCUCAGUGUUUAGUGAAUCCAGACACUCAUCCAUCAAUGUCCGUCCUUUGAGAUACUUUAAGGAUGUGACAGCAGCCGUGUCAGAGCUCAGAGAUAAACUACAGAACAUCCUGAGAGACACAUGGACAAACAUCUCCCAGGUAGUCACUGAAGUUGAUGUUUUACUUUCGGAUCCAGAACCAAAGACCAGAGCUGAAUUCUUAAAAUAUGCACAAGAAAUCACCCUGGAUCUACACACUGCAAACAGACAUUUGAUUUUAUCUGAGGGAAACAGAAAAGCAACAGUAAUGAAGCAAGAACAGUCUUAUUCAUAUCAUCCAGACCGUUUCUCUGCCUGGGUCCAGGUCCUGAGCAGAGAGAGCCUGACUGGACGUUGUUACUGGGAGGUGGAGUGGAGGGGGAAACGAAUUGACAUAGCAGCCGCAUACAAACAAAUUGGCAGACUAGGGAACUUAGAUGACUGUGAGUUUCGUUCCAACAAUAAAUCUUGGUCUUUGUAUUGUGACAGAAAUGGUUACAUGUUUUGGCACAACAAAAUCAAAACUCCAGUUUCAGGUCCUGUUUCUUCCAGAGUAGGAGUGUACCUCGAUCAUAGAGCAGGUACUCUCUCUUUCUACAGUGUCUCUAAAACAAUGACUCUUCUCCACAGAGUCCAGAACACAUUCACUAAUCCGCUGCAUGCUGGAGUUGGAUUCUAUAAGGACGCAAACUUUGCUAUGCUGAUGAAACUCAAAUAGUCAAAACCGAUUUGAGCUCAUAGUUCUGUUACUUCUUUACUGUGCUGAGAUUACUU